CAUAACAAUAAACACUUCAAAACGAUUCUAUUGUUUCGAAAUAUUCUAUGACAACUUGAAAACACAACAUCGAAAGUGAGCAAAAAUAGUUUUCAGUGACAGUCAGUCAUAAACGUAAUGAUAGGUGAUGACGUCAUUCAAAUAAUCCAUUUCAUUAAUAAACUGUCACAGAGCAUAUUGUAAUUAACAUAAAAGGAUCCAAACGUCAAGUCUGUAUUUUUUGUCCGAAUUUUUCGUGCUUGUGUAAUAGUUCUUUCAUAAUUAUUGACACAUUCGAUAGCAGAAAUAGUAAAUUGCAGUGAAGGUAUCAAAUAUAUUGUGUGGUUUCUGUACUCAAUCGGAUAUUUAAUUCUAGAAUACUUUUUGAAUGCUGAAGCAUGAUGCAAUCCGCUAAUUGAUGAUCAAAGGUUUUAAUAUAUACUAAUUAUUAAAUAGAUAGUAGAAUGCUUCGAAUCUUUCGCAAUCCAAACCUGGGCCAGCGCUUCAUUAGAAAGACUUUCUCAUUUUCGGCCGUGGCUACCAAACAGUUUGUUAUCAAGGAUCAUUAUGAAUUUGAUCAAAAGGUGAUCAACAGCGACAAUCCCGUAAUUGUGAACUUUCACGCAGAAUGGUGCGAUCCCUGCAAAAUUCUUACGCCCAAAAUGGCUGAGAUGCUGGAACCCUUGGAAGACAUCGAUCUGGCGAUAGUAAACGUGGACGACAAUGCCGAGUUAGUGCAUACAUUUGAGGUGAAAGCAGUGCCGGCUGUGUUGGCAUUUCGUAACGGCGUUGUGGUGGACAAAUUUAUUGGUCUGGUUGAUGCGGACAUGAUCGAAAACCUGAUCGGAAAAUUAGCCAGAAAAAAGCAAUCGUAGUCACCUUCCUACCGAUACAGUUUAUUAAUACAUAUUUGCAUGUGUGUACCAGAAGAAAGAGAGACGAUCGGUAGCCGAACUGUGAUUGAAUAUUGACCACUAAUAUUUAAGCACUCUGUGUGAUGUGACUUACAAGAACAUUUAAAUCGCGUAUAAGGUAACCUAAUUAAUACCUGCAAUGCCAAUAAACUAUAGGAUUACAUAAUUAUGUUUGUUAGCAAAAGCCUUCCCGAACUGAAUAGAGAAAUACAGAGUUUUUACGACAUACUGAAAA